AUGUCCAGCAAACGGGCCAAGGCCAAGACCACCAAAAAGCGGCCACAGAGGGCCACUUCUAAUGUCUUCGCAAUGUUUGACCAGUCCCAGAUCCAGGAGUUUAAGGAGGCCUUCAACAUGAUCGACCAGAACCGUGAUGGCUUCAUUGACAAAGAAGAUCUGCAUGAUAUGCUGGCCUCAAUGGGGAAGAACCCCACAGAUGAGUACCUGGAGGGCAUGAUGAGUGAGGCCCCGGGGCCCAUCAACUUCACCAUGUUCCUCACCAUGUUUGGAGAGAAGCUGAACGGCACUGACCCCGAGGACGUGAUUCGCAAUGCCUUUGCCUGCUUUGAUGAGGAGGCCUCAGGUUUCAUCCAUGAGGACCACCUACGGGAGCUGCUCACCACCAUGGGCGACCGGUUCACAGACGAGGAAGUGGAUGAGAUGUACCGCGAAGCACCCAUUGAUAAAAAAGGCAACUUCAACUAUGUGGAGUUCACCCGCAUCCUCAAACACGGUGCCAAGGACAAGGAUGACUAG